AUUGCUGUAAAUGCCAGAAAUGAACUAGAGAAAAUGUCUUUUCUCCAAAUUCGAGCUUUACACAUUGCCUUGAUACUUCGCAAAAAUAUUUUCAUAACAGUUAAUAUCGAGAUUACCGCAUCUACUGGUAAGGCUGCGCUUGAAUUAAAAUCAUCUAAACUAAGAGAUAAAGGUUACUGUGAUUGGCUGAGAAAAGUGCGAGCUAUAAUCAUAGAUAAAUAUUCAAUGGUUAAUGAUGAUCUUCUCGAUUUUAUCGUCUACCUAUUUACAAGAAGUGGAAUAACCGAACUGGAUAAAGUGCAUUUCAUAAUCACCAGUGACUUUUUUCAACUUCCACCAGCAUCAGGUGGAUUAACUGAAAUCUUUAGACAGAAUGACCCCGAAUUUAAACAUCAUUGCACCAAUUUGCGAUAUAGAUUUUUAAACGAGGAUACAUUUCAGUAUCUAAAAAAAUGUAAUUAUUUAGAGGAUGAUGCG